CCGAUCAGAUGAUGAUUCUGGGUCAGCAUCAGGCUCUGGAUCUGGUUCAAGCUCUGGAAGCAGUAGUGAUGGAAGCAGCAGCCAGUCAGGCAGCAGUGACUCUGACUCUGGUUCAGAAUCAGGCACUCAGUCAGAAUCAGAGUCUGACACAUCUAGAGAGAAGAAACAAAUUCAAGCUAAACCGCCAAAAGUUGAUGGAUCUGAGUUUUGGAAAUCUAGUCCAAGUAUACUUGCUGUGCAAAGAUCAGCAGUGCUCAAGAAGCAACAGCAACAACAAAAGGCAGCCUCAUCAGACAGUGGUUCAGAAGAGGACUCAUCAAGUAGUGAAGAUUCUGCAGAUGACUCAUCCAGCGAAACCAAGAAGAAAAAACAUAAAGA